AUGUGGUCAGGAUCAAACCCAAUAUGUGUAGCUAUAGCAUCCACGGCUAUUACUCCAACAUCAGUUCCUUCAGCAAAAGAUCUGACAUCUGGACACAGCCGAGAGUACACCAACUCCCAACAGCAGACGGGUUCACCCUACUCUAUGUCCAUCAGGACACAUGGAUCUACCGGUGAAACACAGCAUCUUCAACAUAUUCCUUUGAAAGCUUUGGUAGUCAACAACAAGGAGCUGACUUGGGAGGACAUAUCUCUUACGUCCGAGCUGCUCGGAGCAGGACACUUCGGAGAAGUUCGCAAAGGAACAGUCAUUGUGAAUGGGGAAAUGAUUCCAUCAGCCAUCAAAAUACUAAAAUAUGGUGCAGAUGAUGCUAGCAGACAGGACUUCCAGCAAGAGGUGGACAUCAUGCGCCAUGUUGGAUAUCAUCCUUACAUCGUCAACCUGCUGGGGGUCUGUAUCUACCAAGGUCAACAGUACAUGGCCCUUGAAAUGGCAGAAAACGGUGAUCUGUUGAAGUUUUUGAGGAAUUCCCGGGUGCAGGACGUUGUAAGUCCAACUUACGUCAACAACCGGCCAAGAUUUGGCGGCACUUUGUCCACUCUUUCGCCCGUCCAGCUGUUGCGUAUUGCCUGUGACGUAGCUGGCGGAAUGGACCAUCUGUCUUCCAAGCAGGUGAUCCACCGUGACCUAGCAGCCAGGAAUGUCCUCCUCACAGACAGCCUGAUCGCUAAAGUAGCCGACUUUGGACUGUCACGUGGGGAGGGCAUCUAUGAACAAACGUCAAAGAGAGCCAUACCUUUCCGGUCCACGGCACUGGAGGCACUGGCUAGGAGGAUCUACACAACAAAAAGUGAUGUAUGGUCUUUCGGAAUUCUACUCUGGGAGAUCGUAACCAUUGGAGGAACCCCGUACCGUGGAAUGAAAUCCAGAACCAUACUGGGUCGGCUGCGAGAAGGCUACAGGCUGCCCAAACCAAGAAACUGUGAAGCAGACCUAUACCAGCUGAUGCUGUUCUGCUGGAAAACCCGUCCUGAGGACAGACCUUCAUUUGCUGACCUGGCUGAACAGAUAGAGAUCAUGAUUGAGGACAAACACAGCUACGUGAAUAUUGACAAAGGUGAUGAUUUUGAGUAUGAAGUUGUGGACUCAAGUGACAGUGAGGGUGAUUGCUUGAAUGAUGGAUUCAGACUGUAGCUUUGUAAGAUUCUCACUAAUUAUUUUUUGGUACAGUUACCUUAACACUUAUUAUAUUUACUCCUUUAUGCUAAACUAUAUUUACUCCUUUGUGCUCAUUGGUUUAGACUACAUCCUUAUUUUAGUGCCAUUGCAGUGACACGUUAUAUGAAAAUUUCAGUAUUCGAUUAGUGCAAGUAAGAUAUCGUAUACGUUUUCAUGUAGUGUGUUAGGAAGAAUAUUUCUAUUAAUAACGGAAAGCCAAAUAUUCUUUUUAAUAUUCUAUUCAAUAUUUCUUACUGAAAUCAAAGCAACCAUGUACCAGUCUACGAUGAGCUCUGCUGCCUGCUUUGAAAGCAAAGAGAACGAUACAGUUGUAUGCCUCGUUGCCCAUAUGCCAAGCUUGCAGCUGACUGUUGCAUGUGCAAUUGUCUGUCACAAAAAAAUAAAGGAGAGCUAGAAUAAAGUUGAGCUUACUGAAGCGCAGUUCUUAUACCUAUCUUCACAGAGAAAUCAGACGCUUUGUACAGAAUUUACAAGUACAUUGUAACGGGAAACUUCCCCAAGC